AUGGAGGAGGGAGAGAAGGUGUGGGAGAUGGAAAGAAAGAGAGAGAGGAGGUUUGAGUGAGAGGCAGAGAGAGAAAGAGAAAGUGUGUUCUGUAUUUCUGGUGUAAUGGUGAGUAUCUGGGUCUGGACACUUAAUGAGAGCCCAGAUGCUUUCCUCUGAACACAGAAGCUGCUUCUCUCUCUCUCUCUCUCUUUCUCUCUCUCUCUCUCUCUCUCUCUCUCUCUCUCUCUCUCUCUCUCUCUCUCUCUCUCUCCAUCCCUCUCUCUCUUUCUCUCUCUCUCUCUCUCUCUCUCUCUCUCUCUCCAUCCCUCUCUCUCUUCCUCUCUCUCUUUCUCUCUCUCUCUCUCCCUCUCUGCCUCUUCCCUCUCCCCACUAAUUUGUAAGCUUGCGACCAAAUUUGAUUUCUUUGCACAUUGGAGGCACUCCAAUAGCCUACCUUUCUAUAUACUGCAGGCAGAACAGUAUGUAUCCCUCUUGCUUUCUUGGAGCCAUUAUAGCAAUAUUCUCUUUAAAAUGUCAUAUCAACUCCUCUGACAAUAGCAGGGUCAUGUUGUACCUGUAAAAGAUGUCAUAUGCAAAGUGGAGUUCUAUUCAGAACUAACAGUACUACUUAUGGUUGAAUAAAUAAAAAGUAGAUCUUUAGUUGGCUUUGUAGCUCAGGGCCCAUAUUUCAAAUCAAAUCAAAUCAAAUCAAAUUUAAUUGGCCACAUGCGCCGAAUACAACAGGUGCAGACAUUACAGUGAAAUGCUUACUUACAGCCCUUAACCAACAGUGCAUUUAUUUUUAAUAAAAAAGUAAAAUAAAACAACAACAAAAAAGUGUUGAGAAAAAAAGAGCAGAAGUAAAAUAAAAUAACAGUAGGGAGGCUAUAUAUACAGGGGGGUACCUGUGCAGAGUCAAUGUGCGGGGGCACCGGCUAGUUGAGGUAGUUGAAGUAAUAUGUACAUGUGGGUAGAGUUAAAGUGACUAUGCAUAAAUAAUUAACAGAGUAGCAGCAGCGUAAAAAGAUGGGGGGGGGGGGGGGGGGGGGGGGGGGGGCAGUGCAAAUAGUCCGGGUAGCCAUGAUUAGCUGUUCAGGAGUCUUAUGGCUUGGGGAUAGAAGCUGUUGAGAAGUCUUUUGGACCUAGACUUGGCACUCCGGUACCGCUUGCCGUGCGGUAGCAGAGAGAACAGUCUAUGACUAGGGUGGCUGGAGUCUUUGACAAUUUUGAGGGCCUUCUUCUGACACCGCCUGGUAUAGAGGUCCUGGAUGGCAGGAAGCUUGGCCCCAGUGAUGUACUGGGCCGUACGCACUACCCUCUGUAGUGUCUUGCGGUCGGAGACCAAGCAGUUGCCAUACCUGGCGGUGAUGCAACCAGUGAGGAUGCUCUCGAUGGUGCAGCUGUAUGUUUUGAGGAUCUGAGGACCCAUGCCGAAUCUUUUCAGUCUCCUGAGGGGGAAUAGGCUUUGUCGUGCCCUCUUCACGACUGUCUUGGUGUGUUUGGACCAUGAUAGUUCGUUGGUGAUGUGGACACCAAGGAACUUGAAGCUCUCAACCUGUUCCACUACAGCCCCUAGUCCACAAUCAUCUCCUUUGUCUUGGUCACGUUGAGGGAGAGGUUGUUAUCCUGGCACCACAUGGCUAGGUCUCUGACCUCCUCCCUAUAGGCUGUCUCAUCGUUGUCGGUGAUCAGGCCUACCACUGUUGUGUCGUCGGCAAACUUAAUGAUGGUGUUGGAGUCGUGCCUGGCCAUGCAGUCAUGGGUGAACAGGGAGUCCAGGUGGGAAAGGGCAGUGUGGAGUGCAAUAGAGAUUGCAUCAUCUGUGGAUCUGUUGGGGCGGUAUGCAAAUUGGAGUGGGUCUAGGGUUUCUGGGAUAAUGGUGUUGAUGUGAGCCAUGCCCAGCCUUUCAAAGCACUUCAUGGCUACAGACGUGAGUGCUACGGGUCGGUAGUCAUUUGUCAUUUAGGCAGGUUAUCUUAGUGUCCUUGGGCACGGGGACUAUGGUGGUCUGCUUGAAACAUGUUGGUAUUACAGACUCACUCAGGGACAUGUUGAAAAUGUCAGUGAAGACACUUGCCAGUUGGUCAGCACAUGCUCGGAGUACACGUCCUGGUAAUCCGUCUACGGAGAGCGUGAUCACAUAGUCAUCCGGAACAGCUGGUGCGCUCAUGCAUGCUUCAGUGUUGCUUGCCUCGAAGCGAGCAUGGAAGUGGUUUAGCUCGUCUGGGAGGCUUGUGUCACUGGGAAGCUCGCGGCUGUGCUUCCCUUUGUAGUCUGUAAUAGUUUUCAAGCCCUGCCACAUCCGACGAGCGUCAGAGCCGGUGUAGUACGAUUCAAUCUUAGUCCUGUAUUGACUCUUUGCCUGUUUGAUGGUUCGUCGGAGGGCAUAGCGGGAUUUCUUAUAAGCGUCCAGGUUAGAGUCCCCCUCCUUGAAAGCGGCAGCUCUACCCUUUAGCUCAGUGCGGAUGUUUCCUGUAAUCCAUGGCUUCUGGUUGGGGUAUGUACGUACGGUCACUGUGGGGACGACAUCAUCGAUGCACUUAUUGAUGAAGCCAGUGACUGAUGUGGUGUACUCCUCAAUGCUAUCUGAAGAAUCCCGGAACAUGUUCCAGUCUGUGCUAGCAAAACAGUCCUGUAGCUUAGCAUCUGCGUCAUCUGACCACUUUUUUAUUAACCGAGUCACUGGUGCUUCCUGCUUUAGUUUUUGCUUAUAAGCAGGAAUCAGGAGGAUAGAGUUAUGGUCAGAUUUGCCAAAUGGAGGGCGAGGGAGAGCUUUGUAUGUGUCUCUGUGUGUGGAGUAAAGGUGGUCUAGAGUUUUUUUUCUUCUGGUUGCACAUUUAAAAUGCUGGUAGAAAUUAGGUAGUACGGAUUUAAGUUUCCCUGCAUUAAAGUCCCCGGCCACUAGGAGCGCUGCCUCUGGAUGAGCAUUUUCCUGUUGACUUAUGGCCUUAUACAGCUCAUUCAGUGCAAUCUUAAUGCCAGCAUUGGUUUGUGGUGGUAAAUAGACAGCUAUGAAAAAUAUAGAUGAAAACUCUCUUGGUAAAUAGUGUGGUCUACAGCUUAUCAUAAGAUACUCUACCUCAGGCGAGCAAAACCUCGAGACUUCCUUAGUAUUUGAUUUUGUGCACCAGCUGUUGUUUACAAAUAUACACAGACCGCCACCCCUUGUCUUACCGGAGUCAGCCGUUCUAUCCUGCCGAUGUAGCGUAUAGCCCGCUAGCUGUAUGUUAUCCAUGUCGUCGUUCAGCCACGACUCGGUGAGACAUAAGAUAUUACAGUUUUUAAUGUCCCAUUGGUAGGAUAACCGUAAUCUUAGGUCAUCCAAUUUAUUUUCCAAUGAUUGAAGAUUGGCUAAUAGGAUUGAUGGGAGGGGCAGUUUACCCGCUCGCCGUCGGAUCCUUACAAGGCACCCCGACCUACGUCCACGAUAUCUCUGUCUCUUCCUCAUGCGAAUGACGGGGAUUUGGGCCUUGUCGGGUGUCUGUAGGAUAUCCUUCGCGGCCGCCUCGUUGAAGAAAAAUUAUUCGUCCAAUACGAGGUGAGUAAUCGCUGUCCUGAUAUCCAGAAGCUCUUUUUGGUUAUAAGAGACGAUGGCAGAAACAUUAUGUACAAAAUAAAUUACAAAUAACGCGGAAAAACACACAUAAUAGUACAAUUGGUUAGAGGGCUGUAAAACGGCAGCCAUCUUCUCCGGCGCCAUUUGAACCAAGCGUCUCAGAGUAGGAGUGCUGAUCUAGGAUCAGGUCCUCCCCUGUCCAUAUAAACGUAUUCAGCACUCCUACUCUGACAGGCCCAGGGCUUUUAAUUACAAAGGAAACAUAAUUAAUGACCCCGAGCCAGUGGCCCAGGUGACCGAACUGCUGACCCAUUUCAACUGAACACAUGACAAUGUAAAAAUGCUUAAAUCCUGAAGGAAUAUAGGCCUAAUCUCCAUGUUUGCCUACUACUGUUAUAAUUUAUAGGCCUAUGGGAUUGUGGUGGAAUAUGUCUACCUAGCGCUCAGAUUUGAACGUGUCAGUACAGAGAAAAUACAGCGUUGAAUUUCUUUGGGAGAAUUGCCCACUUAAGAUUCAGACAACCACUCUAGGCACUGUUCGCAGCCAUAAUGGAAGUAAAGAAGAACCUCAUCAAAGCCUAUUCACCAUUUCCUGGGAUUCAGUGUCUUGCGCUGUUUGCACAAUUUGUCCCUACCCACUUGACAGUUGUUCUUGUAUCUUAACUGUGUAUUCCCUCUGCAUUUAGGGGAGCGACAUCCGUGGUGUGCAGAUGUCGACAGAAGGGAACACAGAAGCCGUUUGCGGUGAAAACGCUGAAGAAAACAGUAAGUUCUCACUGGAGUCUUAGUGUAGUCAUUUUACCCAGAGACUACAACAGGCUAAAUUUCCUUCCUUAACACAGUUUUAUUUUGUUCCUGCAGGUGGACAAGAAGAUAGUUAGGACAGAGAUAGGUGUUCUACUUCGACUCUCUCACCCAAACAUUGUGAGUGUUCUACACACUUUUGUGCUGUCCUUGCAUAGAAUGAACGAUUGUUGUUAUUUUUUUUAUUAAUGCUGAAUUUAUGUUUGUUUUGCUUUACUUCUUUCAGAUCAAACUAAAAGAGAUAUUUGAGACCCCAUCAGAGAUCAGUCUGGUCUUAGAGCUUGUGACUGGAGGAGAACUAUUUGAUAGGUUAAUUAACUGCCCUAAUGGUCACACACACACACACGCACACACAAAAACACACACACACAUACACACAUACUCUCUGUACCAUUCCUCUGUUACAAUAAUCACAACACGUGUUAUUCUCUCAGGGUUGUGGAAAAGGGCUUCUACACUGAGCGGGAUGCUGCUGAUGCUGUCAAACAAGUAUUAGAAGCCGUUGCAGUGAGUUGACUUCCUUCCUCUGACACCUGUCAAAAAGUAGGCCAAUAAAUGUCUAGCAAACUCUUUGACAUACUGUAAAAUCAUCACACGUUCACUCCGCCUGUCUCCUUAUCUAUACAUUGUAAAGAACAAAAGGGCAUUUAUAGAAAGCUUUUUCAACAGUGGACACGGUUCAAGUUCACUUCAUUGAGCUAUCACAUGACCAAGGGUGUGUCUCUCACUGAGCUAUCUUUGACAUCUUCUCCACAUGGACUGAACCAUAUGUCAUAUGUUGAACAGGCAUUAACUUGUUAGUGUCUUGUAAGAGAUCUCCUUCCAUGAUCCUCAGUUAGCAACAGAUUGAUGUUGCCAAGGAGAUGAAAUAGUAAGACAGAGAGGGAAUUUUUAACACAUUGAAAUCUGCCUAGGUCUUGGUGUUGUAGUCAGUCUACAUGAUGCAACCGCUGCUGUUUUCCCAACGGGUCGACUCAGGAGAGAAGAACAGGGAUUUCUGAAGCCUCCAGAUCCUUUUGAAGUUUCCUUGUGUUGUUGAGCAAGUGCUGAGAAAGCGUUUGUUCCUUGUUGAUUUGGAGUGAUUUAUUUACAGUGUACACUUCAAAGACAGCAGAGAGGUUCUGUGGUCUGUGUUACAUGAUGAAAGCCUUCUGAAUAUCUAGCUAACGUCCUAGUGGAGCAUCGUGGUAGCCUCAUGUCCCGUCAAUCUCACUGACUCACUACACUCUGUUUGUGACAGAUUCCUUUAUUGUAGGCAACUCAUUUGGUGUUAUCUUAGUAUCACAAUGUGUUGAUUAUUUUGGACACAUGUUAUGCUGUGAUAACGGAGAAUCCAGAGAUUAUUAUAAUAAAUUUUUUUACUAUGUCAAAAGACGGUAUUAGGCUAAUGCUCUUGAUUUUGAGAUGUAACAUUGAGAGCCUAUGCAUCUCAAAAUAAUAUUUCCCUCAUUGGCCAAAUACAUCAGCUAGCCCACCUCUCAGGUAGGCCUACUUUACUUUCUCUGGCGGAAGAGCACCACAGUCAAUGAGAAUACACAGCUGUGUUGUUGGGUUACAGUGCUGUACGAUGGCUUAUUGGCCAGAAUAGUUUUUUUUGUGUGGUGCUAUGGCAGCAGUGGGAGGCCUGGGAUGUGUGCGGUGUGUGUGGUGGGGGCUACUGUCUUCGCUUCUCCUUCCCUUAUUCCCUCCCUCCCACACACCACGCGUCGGAUGAGAGAGGACACCUUAUCUGUGUCAGCUUCGUGCAGGAGAAGAGAAUUCCCCUCUGACAUCAUAGAGAGAUUACACCGGAGGGGGUCACAAUACAUAGUGUGGGGAGAAAAUGAUGCCUUUGUUCACUGUGAACAAGGUCUAUUCAACUCAGCCAUUCCCAAGCAGAAAAUAUGUCUGUUUUGUUGCUUAAUAAGGGUAGCUCAUUCAGUGCGAACCUUGAUGCUUAUAAAUGUAAUGUCAGUGCCAGUGGAAAGGAAUGUGGUUUUCUUUAACAGCUUGAUGUUAAGGGUUUACAUAAGAAACUAGAGAUUUGGAUAUACACCCACCCACAGUGUGCAGAUUAUAUAAAGUUAUGCAAUAGGUUGCUUUACAAACAGAUAUCAUUAUCAAGACAGUGAGCCAUAGAUUUGUCAGAGGAGGUCUAUAAUCAUAACACUACAAAGUCUGAGAACGCAUUGCUUUCCCUCACUCAAAUCCCACCUUUGUCUUUUCAAUGACCAGCGUUAUCAAGGUAGCUGCCUUGUGCUGCUGUUUUCUGUAACUGGGCAGACUUCUAUGGCCCACGCUGCCUUGUUUGAUGAGUUACUGUGGUAACACAGGUGAAAGUCCUCGCUGAACCCCAAAACAGUUUAAAACAUGCUUACAUCCAGUACACAGUAUCAUAACACAUUGUUUUAUGGUGUAAUACACAGCUGGCAAUGAUAAGAAAGAGGUUGUGAAAGAUAGUUAAACUUUGCAUUUUGUUUAUACAUUUUUAACAGUGCACUAUAAUGCAGGAAUGUUAUGGUUCUGUGUAGAAAACGAAUUGUGGGAGGAGGCACCGCCCAAAAUCCCCAACAGUCCAGCUCCAUACUCACCACCAGACAGAUCAAUAACACGAUACACUACCAGUCAAAAGUUUGGACACACCUACUCAUUCAAGGGUUUUUCUUUAUUUUGACUAUUUUUUACAUUGUAGAAUAAUAGUGAAGACAUCAAAACUAUGAAAUAACACAUAUGGAAUCAUGUAGUAACCAAAAAAGUAUUAAACAAAUCCAAAUAUAUUUUAUAUUUGAGAUUCUUCAAAUAGCCACCCUUUGCCUUGAUGACAGCUUUGCACACUUGGCAUUCUCUCAACCAGCUUCAUGAGGUAGUCACCUGGAAUGCAUUUCAAUUAACAGGUGUGCCUUCUUAAAAGUUAGUUUGUGGAAUUUAUUUCCUUCUAUUUCCUUCUUCCUGCAUUUGAGCCAAUCAGUUGUGUUGUGACAAGGUAGGGGGGGUAUACAGAAGAUAGCCCUAUUUGGUAAAAGAUCAAGUCCAUAUUAUGGCAAGAACAGCACAAAUAAGCAAAGAGAAACGACAGUCCAUCAUUACUUUAAGACAUGAAGGUCAGUCAAUACGGAACAUUUCAAGAACUUUGAAAGUUUCUUCAAGUGCAGUCGCAGGAACCAUCAAGCGCUAUAAUGAAACUGGCUCUCAUGAAGACCGCCACAGGAAUGGAAGACCCAGAGUUACCUCUGCUGAAGAGGAUAAGUUCAUUAGAGUUACCAGCCUCAGAAAUUGCAGCCCAAAUAAAUGAUUCACAGAGUUGAAGUCACAGGCACAUCUCAACAUCAACUGUUCAGAGGAGACUGUGUGAAUCAGGCCUUCAUGGUCGAAUUGCUGCAAAGAAACCAUCAUUAAAGGACACCAAUAAUAUGAAGAGACCUGCUUGGGCCAAGAAACACGAGCAAUGAACAUUAGACCGGUGGAAAUUUGUCCUUUGGUCUGGAGUCCAAAUUGGUGAUUUUUGGUUCCAACCGCCGUGGCUUUGUGAGACGCUGUGUGGGUGAACGGAUUAUCUCCGCAUGUGUAGUUCCCAACGUAAAGCAUGGAGGUGCACUAACGUAUGCACUCACUAACUGUAAGUCGCUCUGGAUAAGAGCGUCUGCUAAAUGACUAAAAUUUAAAUUUAAAUGUAUUAUGGUGUGGGGGUGUGGGGGUGCUUUGCUGGUGACAAUGUCUGUGAUUUAUUUAGAAUUCAAGGCACACUUAACCAGCAUGGCUACCACAGCAUUCUGCAGCGAUACGCCAUCCCAUCUGGUUUGGGCUUAGUAGGACUAUCAUUUGUUUUUCAACAGGACAAUGACCCAACACACCUCCAGGCUGUGUAAGGGCUAUUUUACCAAGGAGAGUGAUGGAGUGCUGCGUCAGAUGACCUGGCCUCCACAAUCCCCCGACCUCAACCCAAUUGAGAUGGUUUGGGAUGAGUCGGACGGCCUAUUCACCAUUUUUUGGGAACUCCUUCAAGCAUAUUUGGGAACUCCUUCAAGACGGUUGGAAAAGCAUUCCAGGUGAAGCUGGUUGAGAGAAUGCCAAGAGUGUGCAAAGCUGUCAUCAAGGCAAACGGUGGCUAUUUGAAGAAUCUCAAAUAUAAAAUAUUUUUUGAUUUGUUUAACACUUUUUUGGUUACUACAUUAUUCCAUAUGUGUUAUUUCAUAGUUUUGAUGUCUUCACUAUGAUUCUACAAUGUAGAAAAUAGUAAAAAUAAAGAAAAACCCUUGAAUGAGUAGGUGUGUCCAAACUAUGCUGUUGUCUUGUGUCUUUGGGCAGUACCUGCAUGAGAACGGUGUUGUGCACCGAGACCUGAAACCCGAGAACCUCCUAUAUGCCACCUCAGCACCAGAUGCUCCCCUCAAAAUAGGUGGGUGCGUUACUCAAUACACUGUGGGAUUCACUACGAUUAUCCCAAAGAACAUCCAUUGAGCCUGAACAGACUCUGUCGUGCUAUCAGAUACAGAACUGAGAUAAUUGGGGAAUCAAUGCCAACAAUUCUAUUCUAUUCUUUUCUAUUCUUUUCCAUUCUAUUGUACCGAUAUUCUAUUCUAUUUUAUUAUAUUCUACUAUUUUAUUCUAAUACCAGAUAAAUAGGCAAAUCUCUAAUAUAGCUCUAUUUCAUUUUGCAGCUGAUUUUGGACUGUCAAAGAUCAUUGAUGAUCAGGUCACAAUGAAGACAGUUUGUGGUACACCAGGAUACUGUGGUGAGUUGUAACCCAUUACUGUGAUGCUAUUUCAUUGACUUGGAACAAAAUAAUAGACAUUGCCAUUUCAGACAUAGCAGAUUGUUGUUGUUUUGGUCAUGCAUGCUUUACCUGGCAGAGAUUAGUACCCUGAGGAUAGGGUGUACUGUAUAUUGUAAUAUUUAUCCACAUACUACAUAGUAGGUUCUUCCUUCGAUAAGUAAUUAGUGAGUAUGAAUUCCUUACUCUGUUUUCAUCUCUGUCUCUCUCCCUCCCCAUGUGUUGCAUCUCAUUUUCCCCCUCCAUCCUGCGCUUCUCUUUUCCUUCCCUCCCUCCCUCCCUCUCCGCCUCCCUCCAGCCCCAGAGAUCCUGCGAGGAUGUGCUUAUGGACCUGAGGUUGACAUGUGGUCAGUGGGAGUUAUCACAUACAUCUUGUAAGUGACACCAGCCCCUCAAAAGUUUACUGGAACCCCGAAUCACGUCAUUGAAAAGACCAGUUCAUUUUGACACCCAACAGUUUUGUUCAUUUGUUAGCAGCAACAACAACAAAAUGCAUCAAGAAUUUGUGUUCUUUAUUUGAUAAGAGGAAGUACAGACUGUUUUUAAUUGUAUUUUUAGGCCAUUUUGGUUUCUGAAUCAAGGGUGUUGGUGCAAUCCUGUUUUAGAGCAUCUGAGUGUUGUUUCUUUCUCACAUACUGAUUGGUAUACAUAGUAUGUGGGUGUGAGUUCACCAUUAUACAGAAAGCCAGGAAAUGGUAGUGCAACUGUAAGCAACAGCAUUCAGAAGAAGCACAGUGGUAUACAGACACUAGUUAACGAAUAUUAAACUGUAAAAAUAACAUAUUCUGAAGGCACAUCAAUCUGGGAGAAAAAAGAGAGUGUGUGAGUUUCUUAUUAUUUUGUCCAAUAUUUAAAGGCAAGCCUUAGUGCGAGGAGGAUUGCAUGUCCAAUAGAGUUGUAGCUCAGGAUCCUGCGGCUGUCAGAGCCUGUCAGACUGUGCCAGCCAGUGAAUCAAUAGACAGGAGCUGUCUAUGGUUGAUGUAUGCCUCAUUUUUCAUCCUCCCUCUGACAGGCUAUGUGGCUUUGAACCGUUCUUCGAUGAUAGAGGGGACCAGUACAUGUUCAAGAGGAUCCUCAACUGUGAAUAUGAGUUUGUCUCCCCCUGGUGGGACAAUGUGUCCCUCAAUGCCAAGGACCUGGUGAGUUUUAUUUAUUGUUACCAGGGGUCCCGAGGUUACCACAGUUCCGCUGCCGGGCUGACAUUUCCCCCUGGUACUUAGGCCUGAUUGAUAAAUCAGUAAUUGGUGGAGAAUGCAAACCUAGAAUGCAAACCUAACCAGCAUGAGGGUUCUCUUCUUGCCCUGUAGACUACAGGCUUGGCUUCUGAAAAAACAUAGUGUGCUGUACUUCCGGAAUGCCCUGCAGACUUUUAUGCCUGCACUUUAGCAUCCAAUUGGUUAGAUCAUGGGUUAAACAAUGGUGAACGUGCAUAAAGAUGGCAGAAUUCAGAUAUGACAUUGACAUAAUUGUUUUAGUACUAUCCACACUGAGUUUUUAAACUAAGGCGCGCGAUAUGGUUCAAUGUGAAAAUAAAUCAGCACAAUCUACGUUUUCUUUUUUUUUCAAAUUGCAGGCGUCUUGAAGCUAAAAUUGGGAUCAUGUAUACUCUGCUAAUAACCAUACAAAAAAAGAAUAACUGAGAGCAAUGUACAAUAAGGUGAACUUAGCAAAACAAGGAAUUUGUGGUAAGUGCAUGGACCGCCAUCUUUAUGAACCUCCGCUAUUGAUUAGACAUAUGGUUGCAUGCUGCUUUGUAGCAUUGGGUCAGGUGAACUGUUUCCCAGCUGAAAGGUCAGUGGGAGUGUGUCCAUAUAGGUGUGUCUGAUUAUAGAAUAAUAUAAAAAGGAGAGUGACUAGACUACAUCCAUCUCCUACUGUAUUUCUGUAUUUUAUCUCCACAUUAUGAACUGGGUUGACUUGUUAUGGGGACAAAAACCUGCAUAAACAGCAUUCAAGCAAAUAAUGAAUUCAGACUCACAGUCUCAGUGACCCAGUUACUAACCAUAUGCUACUAUAUGUGCUGCUGUCCUGUAGGUGAGAAAGCUGAUUGUCCAGGAUCCAAAGAAGCGGCUGACGACCUUGCAAGCGCUGCAGCACCCCUGGGUGACUGGGAAGGCAGUUAACUCAGCCCAUAUGGACACUGCUCAGAAGAAACUGCAGGAGUUCAAUGCACGCCGAAAACUCAAGGUAGGUACAAAAACAAAGUCUCUCAAUUGUUUUUUUUGUACAGUAGUUGAGGGCAAGUAGUAAAAGUAAUGAUUGUGUGCUUGUGUCAAUAUCCUUUGAUUGAAUGUGUUUGGAAUGCAAGCAGAAACAAACAUAUACUGAGUAUACCAAACAUUAGGAACACCUUCCUAAUAUUUAGUUGCACCCCCCCUUUGCCCUCAAAACAGCCUCAAUUCGUUGGGGCAUGGAUUCUACAAGGUGUCGAAAGCGUUCCACAGGGAUGCUGGUCCAUGUUGACUCCAGUUGUGUCAAGUUGGCUGGAUGUCCUUUGGGUGGUGGACCAUUCUUGAUACACACGGGAAACUGUUGAGCGUGAAAAACCCAGCAGUGUUUCAGUACUUGACACAAACCGGUGCUCCUGGCACCUACUACCAUACCCCGUUCAAAGGCACUUAAAUAUUUUGUCUUGCUCAUUCGCCCUCUGAAUAGCACAUACACAAUUCAUGUCUCAAUUGUAUCAAGCCUUAAAAAUCCUUCUUUAACCUCUCCUCCCAUUCAUCUACACUGAUUGAAGUGGAUUUAACAAGUGACAUCAGUAAGGGAUAAUAGUUUUCACCUGGAUUCACCUCAUCAGUCAAUGUCAUGGAAAGAGCAGGUGUUCUUAAUGUUUUGUAUACUCAGUGUACCUGAUUGCUAUAAUCCUUUGAUUUAUCUGCAUAGUCAGAGUGGGCCUGCACAUUAAUCCUAAACUAUGUCAAUGAAUGAUAUACUGUGUACUGUGUGUUUGGUGACAGGCUGCAGUAAAGGCCGUGGUGGCCUCGUCACGAUUGGGCAGCGCUGGCAGUCACGGCAACGCUGACAACAGCAAGAACAGCAACUGCAACAACUCCACCAAUCAGAAAGGGGCACAAGAGGAGCAGCCACGGAAUGAUCAGUCACAGUCACAGAUCCAGGAGGGAUCCUAA